AUGAUUGCAUGCGCAGGGCUCUCAACACCCACAAGCUUCGCCGCUCCAUCAGGUGCUACCAGGAGACGUGAGGCCGCCCUAGACGUCGAGGCUGAGGAACUGGCAAGAAGAAAAGUGGCUGCCACAUGCACUUGUUUUCUGACACCAACCGCUACAAAGACCGUAACAUCAACAGCCGUAGUGACUGAGGGCGGCGCGAUUCCUACAACAACCACGAGCACGGUCGCCGAGUCUGCUUGCACCUCUACGUCUACUGUCAUACUACCUGGUGCCAGAUCCUGCGGUGUACCUGUCCAGUCCUACACGAGCGGCACGGGACGUGUGGAACUGCAAUGGCCCCAGGCGCUACUCAUGCACUGUUUCGUAUCGAGGGCAACAACGCUGGAGGCACAAUCUUUGAAGGAUGCUUUGAAAGCGGCUGUAUUCUUGAAAGUUGUCGACGAAUUACGCCACUGCCAACAGGUUUAUCCGGUCGGAUACUUUCCAUCUGUCCGUCUUUCAGGACUGGUAGGGAGCGCUUUACGUAGCAACGAUGAGACGGAGAAUUGCAAAUUGAAGAGAACAUCAUGA